AUCGACGAAAAAAAUCAAUCAAAACGAAUCCAAGUUCGGUCUUUGAUUCCUUGAGCUUUUUAAAAUUCAUAUUCAUUGAAUAAUCGAUCGCAGCCGCAGACAUUCGGUCGGAGCAUUGACCGGAAUGACGAAAGCCGGUUGUCGUCGUCGUCGCAAGAGAUUUCCAGAAGCAGAGACUAAAAAGUAUAAAAAAUACACGUCUCAAACAUGUGCACUGCACGCCACUGCAAAGCCAGCUCUCUUUAUUUGGUCAAUAUAAGUCUCCUUGUAAAGCCCGAAAACAAUCAAAAAGCAAUCGAAGAAAAAGCGAAAUCGGCAUUAUCCACUUUGAACUUUGAAUCUCAGCUUUGCGAUCUCUUUGUUUCUCUCAAAUUACAGGUGUAGAUUUGUUUGAAAAUGGGGAAUGGGGAAUCAACAUAUAAUGAGCCUCAUGACGAAGACCCACAUCAUCAACCGCCAUCCUAUGCGGGAAGCUCAAUGAAUUAUGGGGAAUCAACAUAUAAUGAGCCUCGUGACGAAGUUCCAUAUCAUCAACCACCCUCCUAUGCAGGAAGCUCAAUGAAUUAUACGGCCUAUCAAACUAAGAAGAAGUCUACAUACAUAGCAGACAACUUCAACACUUUGGAUCAGGUGAUAUCUGCACUUAGAGAAGCUGGCCUUGAAUCAUCAAAUUUGAUCCUUGGUAUUGACUUCACAAAGAGCAAUGAGUGGACAGGAAGGCAUUCAUUUCAUAGGAAAAGCCUCCAUGCAAUCGGUAACAAGCUGAAUCCAUAUGAACAAGCAAUUUCAAUUAUUGGUCGCACAUUGUCUCCUUUCGAUGAAGAUAAUUUGAUACCAUGUUUUGGAUUUGGUGACGCUUCGACACACGAUCGAUAUGUGUUCAGCUUCUAUCCUGAUCACCGACCUUGUCUUGGAUUUGAGGAAGCUCUUGCACGAUACAGAGAGAUUGUCCCACACUUAAAGCUUUCAGGUCCAACUUCCUUUGCCCCGAUUAUUGAUGCAGCAAUUGACAUUGUGGAGAAAAGCAAUGGGCAGUAUCAUGUUCUUGUUAUCAUUGCAGAUGGCCAGGUAACACGAAAUGCUGAUACACCACCUGGAAGAUACAGUCCUCAAGAACAAGCAACUCUGAACUCCAUAGUUGCUGCUAGCCAGUAUCCUCUCUCAAUCAUUUUGAUUGGUGUGGGGGAUGGACCUUGGGAUGCAAUGCAUCAAUUUGACGAUAACAUUCCUCAACGCUCAUUUGAUAACUUUCAGUUCGUCAACUUCACAAAAAUUAUGUCUGAAAACAUGGACCAAUCAAAAAAGGAAGCAGCAUUUGCUCUUGCUGCCCUCAUGGAAAUUCCGUUACAGUACCGAGUAACCCAAAGCCUUCACACAGUGAGUAGAGAAUUUGUCGGUGGUCCGUCUACAAGGCCACUGCCACCUCCACGUGAAGUGAUUGAUCAUGAUAAUGUAGUCAGUUCACUCCCACACAUGACAGCUUUUAAAACAGAUGAACCAGCAGCUCCAGAGGAAAGGGUUCCAGAGGAAAUGGUCUGCGCUAUCUGUUUAACAAAUCCAAAGGACAUGGCUUUUGGUUGCGGUCAUAUGACUUGUAGGGACUGUGGUGCAACCCUUUCAACAUGUCCAUUGUGUCGACAAACCAUAACUAUGCGUGUGAGACUAUAUGCUUGAGCUGUAGACAGCUUCCCCAUCUUCGAAAUUGAAGCAUAUGUGAUAUUGGGGACAGUAUUGUGCAUACGACCACCACAGGUUUGAAAAUUGCAUAGCGUUAAUUUUUCGAAUGGUCAGUAACAAUCCUCUAUUCUCUAAAAUAUAUGGCUUUGCUAAAUGGUUUUAGGGCAGCUGCUCAUAGCAUUUAUAUGCCAGUGGCCUUUUUUCAUUUUUAUCUUCGAGUAUGUUGGUGUAAAUUAUAAUUCUCAAUGUAAUAUCAGUGAAUGACGAAAAUAUUUAUUUGCUGAUCUUCACAAUGAUACAGGCUAAUUUAUUAUGGGGGGAGGGGGGAUAAUGUGU